AACCGGGUCGAGGUAGGUUAACAAUAUAGAGAAGCUCAAACCUCAAAACAAAUCAUCGCAUUUUCUCAAAAUUCAUCUGUUUUCUCUACAAAUUAGCAAAUCUAAGCGAAACCCAGAAGGGAUUUUAAGCUCAGAAAAUGGAAUCAGCUGCUAGAAGAAGUGGUGGUGGUGUUCUUGAAGGAUUUUACAGGCUGGUUAUGCGCCGUACCCCUGUCUAUGUUACCUUUGUCAUCGCCGGCGCUUUGCUCGGCGAACGGGCAGUGGAUUAUGGCGUUAAAACUCUCUGGGAGAAGAACAAUGUUGGGAAGCGUUACGAGGAUAUUUCAGUUCUUGGACAGCGGCCUGUUGAUGAAUAAAUUUUCAGUAAUGAAGUUUAUUUGAGACGAGACAAAGUACUUGUUAUCGAUAUUUCAAUAAUUGUUUUGCUAAUCGCCAUUGCUGGCUUUCUUUUAUAUUUUUGCUGUAGUUUUGAAGGAAAUUCAUUGAAUGAAAUAUGAUACCAAAUUGAAAUUUUUGUCAUAUUGGCUUGUGUUUGACACUGUGGGAUGACAGGAAAAUAAUCAUAUUGUUGCAUUUUAUAUGAAAGUAUUUGAACAUACGAAUUUUGAGAUGA